CGCUAUGCGCCCCGCCCCCUCCCAGCCCCGUUUCCGGUCUUGCUAAGGGGGGCGGGGGAGGGGUGACGGUCAGAGUCGAAUGGCUGCGCUCGGGCCUGCAGCGAUCCGGUCCCCUCGCUCUUGAGGAGGUUCUAUUGAUCUCUGAAGGUCGGGGCUUGAGCCCUGCUGGAUAGAAAAGCUGUCUUUUCACAGCCAUGCUAACUGCGGGAUGAAGCUAGAGGCUGUUGUUGAGCAGCUGCAGAAGCAGCAACAGCAGCAAGGUCCUCUGCAGAUGGAUUCCAGAGAGAGACAGCAGAAGCAAAUGAGAGAAGCCCAGCUGCUUUAUACUCAGCAGCUGGCAGCACAGCAGGCUGUUCUAGCAGCCACAUCUGGCAGGGCUUCGGGCAGCCAAGCACUUGGUCCUUUGGCCAAAGUUCCACCUGUAAUUGGGGCCACCCGAGCUUUUGAUCAGAGCAGUGUGACCUCAGAACCGGAAGAGGAUGAAGAAGAGGAUGAAGAGGAAGAGGGUUUGGAAGAUGGAGAUCUUGAGGAGGACACUGAAAUGACUGGGAAAGAUGUCUGUUCUACUUUGAAGUAUUUUCAUUCUCAAAAAGUUGCCCAUCACAGCCAAAGAGUGGCUUCUACUUCGAAUCCGCUUCCAGCCCCAGGACUUCAGCGGGGACAGCAGGAAAAGGAGGAGCAGGGUAAAGACACUACUAAACAAUCGUAUUCUGGUUCCCCAUCUGGGCGGCAGACCUGGAGAAUGGAUGAGCAGCUCAAACAGAAUGGAAGUCUGACUUGGAAUGAAGAAGCUGAUGGAGGCCGAGGAAGAGAAAUCUCUCGAGAUUUUGCCAAACUGUACGAACUGGAUAGUGACCCUGAACGGAAGGCGUUCCUGGAUGACCUCUUUGUCUUUAUGCAAAAGAGAGGAACUCCCAUCAAUCGGAUCCCCAUCAUGGCGAAGCAGAUCCUGGAUCUCUAUAUGCUCUACAAACUGGUGACUGAGAAGGGAGGGCUGGUGGAAAUCAUAAACAAGAAAAUAUGGCGGGAGAUCACCAAAGGCCUUAACCUGCCCACCUCCAUCACCAGUGCAGCGUUUACACUUCGGACCCAGUAUAUGAAAUACUUAUAUGCCUACGAAUGUGAGAAGAAGUCCCUAAGCUCUCCUGCCGAACUGCAGGCUGCGAUCGACGGCAACAGGCGGGAAGGCCGACGGCCCAGCUACAGCUCCUCCUUGUUCAGUUAUUCACCCACUGCCACGGGGCCUCCUUCCCUCCUGUCUCCUCCAAAGAUUCGCUUCCCGAUCAUUGGCCUGGCCCCAGGCAGUGGAACCAGCAACUCUCGUCUCUCUCCAGUGGCAGCUCUCAGGAAAGGCGAUGGCAUCCCCCUGACUGUGUCCAUGCCAAAUCGCAUUGCCAUGCCAGUAUCCUUGGCUAACCAGCAGGCAACUGUAGCAGCAAGAACAGCCACUCUGGAACAGCUGAGGGAGAGGCUGGAGGCUGGAGAGCCGCCGGAGAAGAAACUCUCGCGGAUGACAGAGGAGGAGCAGCGGCUUGUCCAGCAGGCACUUCAGCGCAACCUGUUCAGCAUGGCGCGGCAGAUCCCCAUGAAGAUCAAAAUCAAUGGCAGGGAAGAUAAACCAGAUGCCACGGCGGCAGCAGCAGCAGCAUUGCACUUGUCACCCAGCGGCGUUGGGAGUAUUAACAUGUCUGUGGAGAUUAACGGCACAAUCUAUGCUGGAGUACUGUUUGCCCAGAAGCCUGUCGUCCAUCUAAUUGCAGGAUCCAGCACCCAAAGCACCUGCAGUAGCAGUAGCAGCUCCCACUGCUCCCCUAGCCCGACCUCGUCCAGGGGCACCCCCAGCGCAGAGCCCUCAACCAGCUGGUCUCUCUGAUGGAUGGGGGAGCGGGCUCUCUCUCUCAUUGGCUUCAGGCAGCUCUGCCCUCUCCGUUCAAGGCAGAGAGCGAGCCAGGAAGGAGUCGCACAGAUUACCUCAUCUCAAGGAACCUGCUUUGCGGUUGGUCAGUGGCCAGAUGAUGAAACCUUCUGUGCUGGCGCAUUUGCAUUGCUUGUUUGUCCAGCCUUUUUUAUUGUUUUUUCAGGUUUGACUGUGUUCCUGCUGGGGGGUUGGGGUGAAGGGAAGGGGACACGGGGCAUUUUUCAAUCAGGGAUUAUCUCUAGGGGCUGUGGGUUUGCAGAUGACUGAGACAUCAUCAUGGCAGAUGGAAGGAGCAAGGAGAUAGUUAUGGGGAUGGGGGAAGGGUUUCUGUUCUCUAAUCAACAGAUGUGUGGACUUCCCUAUCAUAACACAGUGUUUUGACAAUCCUACCCCCAGAGGGACUUUGGUCUCCUUUCCCCUUAUAUUUGUUCCCUCUUGCGGUCACUUGCAGAGCAGUCGUGCAGGUUGAUAGCGAGCAAGUCUCAUCUAGUCCCCCAUUCUGUCUCCGCUGUGUUCAGCCUCCUGUUGCUGUCUCCUUUGUGUUAGAUUAGGCUGAAAGGCAAAUAGUCACUAAUGCUGGAUUAACAGGAGACUUGCAUGACUUCUUCCUCCUUUGGCAACUACCUCUCUAGGGUCCUGGCAGCGCACAGAGGACUCUCCCACCUCUGUAUCUGAUACACAGAGAUGGAGAAGGCCUUUUAGUCCAGCUAGUCAUCUCCCAUGGCCAGUGCAAGCCUGGACCCUACUGUUUUUUCCAGGCCUUUGCCCAGCCUAGUUUUAAAUGCCCCAAGCAGUGGCCCUUGCACUGCUUCCCUUGGGGGAGCAUUGGACAGGCUAAAUAAACUCACCACUGAAGCCUUUGUCCUGAUAGUCAUCCUGACAUUUCUUUUGCUUGAUGUCAUCCCUUUGCUCCUAGUUCUAGCCCCUUGGCCCUCGGUAGAACUGGGUUUGCACCAAAUGGUGAUUUCCUGCAGCGCUUCCUCUCCUGUAUGUUUCAUUAGCCUCUCCCUCCUGUACCCACACAGACAUGUUGGCUACAGGCCACUGUCACCCAAAGGAGAUACGAGGUGACACUGACAAUCUGCUGAGCCGGGUGUGUGUGUGGGUGUGUGUGUGUGUCUAUUCAUGUAAUACACGCUUUUCUCAGUUGGGCUCUUACCAGGUAUGUUGCCGCAUUAUCCGAAUAACAGCCAUCGUUCAUGAGGCUCACUUGGGCAAAAGGGACAGAAGAGCCGGACCUGGGACAGCUCCACAUGGGUGCAUCCCAGUUGAAUUGGCCUCUGGUUGUGGAGAGAGGGAAGAAAAUCUCCCCCUAUUCCCAGUAAAUUCCCAAUGGGUGGAGCUAGCGCUGCUUUAGGCCAUCAUUCCUCCUUUGUCAGCAAAGUUAGUUCCUUGGUUCUCUUUCAUAGACCGAGCUCUUUGCUGCUGCACUCCCCACACACAGGCCCCCGUGCUGUCCUCUCCCCUCCCGCAGCACAUAGGACUGCCCAGGCGAUGUUCUCACAGCCUGUGGAUCUGAGCCCUCCCACUCUUUGCCCUUGUGAUGUCUCUUCCAUCAUGCAGGCCUGAGUCAGGUUCUUUUGAGCAGAUGAAAUACCUCAGAUAUGGACUUGUUAUUGUGUUACCUCUUCAGGAAGUAUUGGCAUAUCUUAAAGCUUGUUUUUAUAUGUGUUUUGCUGACUUUGUUUUUAAUUUUUAUUUUUUAUUGUAGCACCAAAGACAACAAAGCUGAGUGAAGGAGCAUGUGGCUUCCCUGUCCUUAGCAUAGCCUGGAGACAGUUCCAGCACCAUUGACCCAGGAGCUGGGCAUGCAGACAGGGCGAUAGAGGAGGACAGAUGCAGUUAGAGAAGGAGUAAGAGGGCAGAUUUAUUUCUCAGGCUGGCUUGAGUUUCAGGAUUUCCCCUCAGUGUGAACAGUGAGGUGUCCCCAAAGGGGGACAAAUGGUCCCAAUGUUUGUUACAGAACUCUGUGAUCAACUACUGGGCUUAUCUUUAGCAAGUUUCCUUAGAACGGCUUUGAAGAUAACAAUCCUGUCUACACUACAAAUUUUGCUAGACCUCUUACAGCACGGCAGUUCCUGACAUGUUAAAGUACAGUUCACUCUUCUCGUGUGGGCAGGACCAGACACCUGAAUUGUGCAGCAGCUUUGGAUUUUACUGGUAGGAUUCGGUCACACACAUAAAAAUACACCUGAGUCCUGUUUAUACAAUGAGACCAAGCCACGUUGUGUGCUACUGUAUUGUACCCAAAUGGUGCAUUGUGGUAGUUUUUCAUGGAGCAGAUAGGACCUAAAUACUGGAAGGUGCUCUAGGUUCUGCUUUCACUUAUGUUGUAAAAGCCUGUGUUACCAAACUCUGCAACCAUCCCCAUAUUUAGGGGGUUGAAAUACAGUUUGGUAACACAAGUCUAACCCAGUUCUGCUCCCAGUGUCUACAGAAUCUAAGGGUUUCUCUUAGCAAUCAGCGUUGGGGGAUGGCCUAACAGUCACCCAGCCGUGUUAUCACUCAAUUGGCUCUUGCCUGUGUAGAUAGGACAGAACCAUUUUACCAGAUUGGUAUUACAGCCCUCUGAAGGCAAGGGACCUGAUUCUCCUCCUACUUAUGCAGGUGUAAAUUAGGAGUUAACUCAAUUGAAGCCAGUGUAAAACUAGUUUGAGAUGAGAAUCCAGCCCAGGGGCAACUGAACAACUUAGUGACGUUGUUAGAACACCCAACACCUCGAGGCAAGACCAAACUGUGCGUGAAGAGGUUUGAUAGACUAUAAUACUAGGAUAACUUACCUCAAGUCAGCUUGCCUGCACAACUGGACAUUAAGCCAUUGCACAUUUUCCCCUCUCUCUAGCCCAUAAGUGUCUCGGACACCUCCCCUUAGUCCUAAAGUGCGUUUAAGAGCUUAUAAACGGAUUCAAGGUUGUCUCUACUGAAAUUGUAAGGUACCACUUUGGGUGCCAGUCUGGGGUCAGGCUGCUGGAGCAAGCUCUGAACUGUGAAAAAGCACCUUCUGACGUCAACAGCAUUUAACCUCAGAGUGGGGGAAGCACGCUGGGCCUGAGCCAAAGCCCACUGAAGCUAAUAGGGAGUUUUUCCACUGACUUCAGUAGACUUUGGAUCAGGCCUAUUAUAAAAAAAUCGGAGGUAACUUUAUCACAAACUGUUUAAAAGAGUAUUUUCCCAAUGAUUGGUGGCUAACAAAUAAAUAACCCCAGUGUAACAAUUACUGCGGGCUGCUCCUAGAGGGAGGGUGUCCUAACUGGCUGGUGACAUGGUAAUUUCUCUCCUGGUGAAAUAUUCCAAGAGAACUGUGAUGCUCCAUCUUUAUAUCUACUGUGUAACAUAUUACUAGGAUGACCAGAUGUCCCGAUUUUAUAGACACAGUCCCAAUAUUUGGGGGGUUUUCUUAUGUAGGCUCCUAU